AUGGCUCUAGAUAUAUUAUUUAUUGCGAUAUUUUUAUUAGAAGCGGUAUGUGCGUCGUCAAAUAUAGUUAUACUUACGAAUAGUGGACCUGCAGUGCGUGGCUCCAAUGUGACAUUCACGGCUACUAUUUUAAGAGGCUACACAGGGGAAGAGCUGCAAUUUAUAUUUAAUGAUGAUGCAGCACCGGAACAUUACCAUACCAUCCUCAGCACUGAGAGAAGUGUGAAUUAUACUGCUGAAUAUAGCAAGGACAUGUAUGAAGCAGGCCAGUACAAAGGUCAUGUGGAAGUUCAGAGAAAAAUAUUUUUUGACAUGUGGCUAAACUUUGGACGAAAUGAUACUGCAUUUACUUUGACAGAUACAUUAAACGGUAAUUUGGUAUUGAUUCAAAACGAAACUGAGAGGCCUAAUAGUUUUGUGGCCGUCGGCAAAUCUGUAACCCAUUUCGUCAGGAUACCCGAUAGCGAGCUGAAAUUCUUAACGGCGAACUCAUCAUCUAUAGUUACUCAUUGGCUAAUAGAUUGUGUGCUAGUGGAUACAACAACAGACUUCGCUUUGAACUAUACAUAUGAUGACGUUAUGGCAAAACCAACAACUUCUAAAGAAUUAAUAACGAGUACGCCCACUACUCUGAGUAAUUUAACGGACACCAGCACAUCAGUGUCCCACAAGGUGGCGAAGAGAGCUAUUUCUAACAGAACUGUUAUGAAGCCGCAGAAGGAUGGUGGAAGUUAUACCUGCAGACACAACAUACCCAUAGGCAAGAACUACACUUACGGACGUUUUCAACAAAGUAUUAAAGUACGAGAGCCGAUAUCGACGGUCAAUAUUUCGGGUAUGGAUUGGCUUCAACACGGUGAUCUAUUGAACAUGGUAGUGAAGUACACAGGGUCACCGCCUUUCGAUUAUUGCAUACAAUACAAGCUCGGAGACUACAACAUCACCGGCAACGAGACAUGUGAUGUGAAGAGUACCACCAUAUCUAAUACAUUUCGCCUAGUACAUUACUUCUCCGACAGCGACCGACACACUGUCGUUGUGGUGUUAGAAAAUGAAAUUGGAAAAAAAGCUGCUAGAGCUACGAUUAAUAUUUAUAAAGUGACCGUCCAUCCACAACUAUCUGUUAUAGUGGUGCCAGUGUUUUUCUGCUCCAUUGCUGUUAUUUUGGUUGUAUUCGGCAUUGCCUACUAUCAACAUCGCUCCAGGCAUACGGUUGAAGUAGCAGACUUUGACUUUGGUCAAGCGCAUCUCGACUACAAGACGUUCACGGAGCGACUUCGCGAUAGCUUCAGUAACGCGUUCAACUUCCGUAAACGGGACGAUACAGAAGCUCUCACAUCGAAUACUAGAUAUGACUCUAUGACGUAA